UAAGACAGGUCUGGCCUACGAACUGUUCCUACUGUCCGAGACUAUUGCUCCUUAUUUUUCCUAUUACAUGCGCAGAGAACGUGCAUUAUCCCGAUAGGAAAAGAUUUAUAAAAUCGUAUGACAAUAUUGUAAAAGAUUUUAUAAUCCGUCACUAUGAUAGCAUAGUUAAGAAAAUAGAUGUAGAAACAUUAACCUUUUAUAAAACAUUAAUAAAUGUUUGCGCAAUUAAAUUUUAAAAUGAUAUGUUGGCAUAACAAUUGCGAUAUGGUGGAAUCAUCUUAACAGUACAUUUGCAAAUUUAAAAAUAAAUUGUGCAAUAAUUGAGAAAAAUAUUUCAGUCACAGUUAACAUGUUUAAAACAUUUAGAAAAAUAAUUGUGCACAAAAGACUCAAAUUAUUCCCCAAUUAUUCCUAAAUUAUGAUGCACAAAUAUUGAAACAUGAAAUGUUGCAUUAUAAUGUAGGAAUGAUUUAAGAGUUUCUGAUCGCUAUUACUAUCAAUAAGAUAUUUAAUUCUCCAACGGACUAAUCUGUCAGACAAAGUGCCUCUUUUAAUCUUUAUUAAAUGUCUAGUACUCUAGUGAAUAAGCGAUAUUUGUUAAACUCAUUGUAAUACCUUUUGGUAUUAAUUUUGAAUUAAAUAUUGAAGAUUAAAUGCUGUAAAUAUUGCACAUUAUUAUUGCUGCAUUAUAUUGUGAAAAUAUUAAAGAUUAUAAUGUGAUAAUUUUUAUUGCUGAAAUAAUUGCAAAAUAUUUAUGUUUCAAUAUUUGUCUAAUCUUUAACAAGUAUCAUUUAAGAAUUAUAUUCUGACAAAACUGUUGCGUUAUGGCGAAUCAUCUUAGCACAAUCUUUAAUGCCAUUAUUGUGCAAUGUUUGCAAAAUCUUCCUAUCGGGGUAUAUUAUAGUACACUGAUGACCAUGUGGAGGGGUGACUCAAGAGGCAGAAGAGAUGGAUGCAAUUGCGAGAAAAAAGAGCACGUUUUUCUCCUCCUGUACUUCAUAAGCGCCUACGGGGCCUGAUGUAAACAAUACGAAAGGUUAAUGGUUGGGCGCUUCCCAGGGUAAGCUCCCCUCUGCCGAGUUUUCUAUUUCCAUAAAAUCUUUUCUGAUUGGUUGUUGGGAUCAUAGAGUUGUUCGAAUUUGACUCGUCUUCUGAUUUUCGGCAGUCAGGAUUCAACUGAACGUCAGUCGUCAUAUACUCACUGAAGCUAUAUAGACCUAGUGUUUGUAAACGUCGUUUCAUCUUUCUAUCAAGUGAAAGAUGCUCAUGCUAACGGAAAACAACGAAUACAAUGUUAUGUAUGAGGAGGAUAAGAAUGAAGUAGAGAAAAGAAUAAUCGGGAGUCAAACAAUUGAAUUUCUGAAUCCUAUUGUGAUGUUUAAGUUAAAGUAUGAAGAAUAUGGCUCUCCUAAUUCUUGGGAAAAUGUAGGACUUGGAUGUUUAAAAGUCCUCAUUUUGCCAAGCUACUAUAAAUAUACCAUGAUAGUAUAUAAGGAGGCCAUAUCAGAGGAGAUUCUGAGCAGUAUCUCGAUGCCAUUUGUUUGUAAUAUAGAGAUUGAAGGUAACGAGUGUAUUUGGUCUGGAAUAGAUCUUGAUGACGAGUUAAUUAGUACUACAAAAGUAGUCUUUCCAUCGGUAAAAGAGGCGCGAAAAAUGUACAUAAUUUUGGAAAGAGUAAGUAAAGUUUAACUAAUAAGUAUUUAAGAUAAUUUUGUAGUUUAAAUCAACUUGAUAUGUGUACUAUAUCCGUAUUAAAUUGAUAUAUUUACACUUAAAGAAAAUGACCUUGCAACUACAGCAAAAAUUUUUAAAAAAAUUAACUGAAAUAGAUAAAUGAUUAGCAAAUACUGUAAUGUUUUACACUUAAUCAAUCCAAAUAACAGAGACCGAAUUUGUAUUUGAUCUAUUAGUGAAACGUAAAAAGAAAUUCUUUCUGAGCGCCUAUUCAUGUUAAGGCUAAUCGACUUAUUAAUAUAUUUGUUAUAAAAUAUUUGUAUAACAAUUUUUGCGUAUCAUUCGUCUGUAUAACUAUUUUCGUAUCAAAUCAGUUGCUAGCAUAUUUUAUACGUUGUUGCUUAUUUAAUAUAUAGUAAACUGUUCUUUAUUCCGAUUUUUAGUUCGUUGUUUUAUUUGUUAUGUCUGAUUCUUAAGCUUUACAUCUACAUACUCUAUAAUGAAACAAAAAAAAUAUAUAUAAUAAUGAAAGGAAUUUCUUUGCAGGAACUGGAAAUUUAUAAAUAUCCUGGACAUUCUUCCGAUAUAGAAGAAUAAAGGACGAAGACUUCUCAAUAGGUGAAGAUUCUUUGACAGAAGUUUUUGAAUAGACGGUGGAAGUAAUAUCUUCGUGAUGUACUUUCUAUCGAAUUCGACACAUUCUGGAGUAUGGAAUUCAGAUUGAGUGUCUUUUCCUUACGAUC